GGUCAUGAACAUCCUCUAUUUGGAAAAGUUUCGACCCCCCAAUGUUUUCCUUAAAACACCAUUCCCUCCAUUUCUCUGAUCCAAACCCACUUCUAUGGCGACUCUCACUCAUCGAACCAAAGACUGGUCAUGUUUCGCCGUUGCUUUACUCUUUCUUCCUCUAUUCAUUAUUUUCUGGUGCUUCGCAUACCCUUUUACCAUCACUAACAGUUACUACCUUUGGCGCAUUGGCCCUUCUUUACUAAAUUGCGCCCAGACUGACGCUAACCUGCACCACCAAGACCACCCGUACCAUAUAUCCUUCUAUGACGACCCGGAACUGAGUUAUUCCGUUGAGAAUCGGGUCACUAACUGGGAUGAGAAGCGUAAACAUUGGCUGAAGCAUCACCCUUCGUACUCUGCCGGAGCACGUGAUCGGGUUCUCCUCGUCACUGGGUCACAGCCGUCGCCUUGUAAGAAUCCAAUCGGCGAUCAUCUCCUUUUGAGACUUUUCAAGAACAAAGUUGACUACUGCCGAAUCCACGGCUACGACGUUUUCUACAACCACGCCUUCUUGCAUCCCAAGAUGGAUUCGUAUUGGGCCAAGCUGCCGAUCAUCCUGGCCGCAAUGAUGGCCCACCCUGAGGCCGAGUGGAUUUGGUGGAUGGACUCGGAUGCCGCAGUCACCGACAUGGAGUUCAAGAUUCCACUGGAUCGGUACGACAACCACAACCUCGUCGUUCAUGGAUGGCCCGACAUGGUCUACGAUGACAAAGACAACAAAAGUUGGACGGGACUCAACGCGGGAGUGAUUCUUAUCAGGAACUGCCAAUGGUCCAUGGACUUGAUUAAUGAAUGGGCCCAAAUGGGCCCAAAUAGCCCAAACUACGAGAAGUGGGGCCAAAUUCUGAGGGCAACGUUCAAGGACAAGCCGUUCCCGCUUCCAGACGACCAGUCGUCUCUGAUAUACUUGCUAUUUACACAGAGAGAGAAAUGGGAGAACAAAACUUAUCUAGAAGGAGAGUACUAUUUGGAGGCCUACUGGAUAGGGGUAGUGGGAAGCUAUGAUAACAUCACCGAUGGAUACGAAGAGAUAGAGAAAGGAGCUAACGAGCUAAGGAGGAGACACGCAGAGAGAGACAGCGAGUGGUACGCAAAGCUAAGAGAGGCGCGUAUGAAGAAUGAAACGACCGUUAGACGACCGUUUGUGACGCAUUUCACGGGAUGUCAACCGUGUAGUGGAGAACACAAUCCGAUGUAUUCAGGUGACUCCUGUUGGAAUCAGAUACGGAGGGCUCUAAAUUUUGCUGAUAAUCAAGUGCUUCGCAACUAUGGUUUUGUGCAUACGGAUUUGGAUUCUUCUUCUGUGAUUUCUAUGCCGUUUGAUUACCCUUCAUCAGAUGGACCAUCUUGAUUGACUUUUUUCCAGGGUAGCUAAUAAGCCCAUAUUGGUUACAAAAUUUAUUACAAGCAUUACUUUGAAUUUAUAUUUUGUACAUAAAAUAUGAUAGUUUUGCUUAGUUAAAUGGAAUGGUUGAAAGUUUUAAAAGGGUGUUUAAAGUGGAUGAGAAGGAUGGUAAAAUGUAGAUGCCAAAAAGCUUAUAAGUUGAUCUUCAUCAUUACUCAUGGAUAAAAGAUUGAACUUUUGCUUUUAAGAGGAUUGGAUGUGGAGUACAAGAGCGAUUAUGGUAUCCAUCUUGAAUUUGUGUCUUUUUAUUAAUUGAUUUUUUUUAUA